ACCAGAAUGUCUGCUUUCAUUGUACAUCACUUUAACACCUGUGUACUGCGAUAAACAAUAACACCAUUUGCCAAACAUCACAGGUCAUUUCGGGUGUUACCAUUCUCUCUUGAAUUUGCUUUGAACUGCCGAAACACACCAGUGCACACAUGAAGGUGUAUACAAUUAUAACUGUAAAUGUCACAAGUCAAUACUGACCUAUCUUAAGGUUCAUGUAGAGGCUUCAUUUUGAAAAAUGUGGGACCCCUAGCAUUGAACUCAAAUUUGACUAAAGGAAGAGUGCCACAUUGAAAAUGUAUACAUAUAUGCUUUAAAGGUUGUUUUUCCUUCAAACUGCUACCAAUUUUGUACAUCAACGUAUCAUAACAUCUACAAAAUCAAUCAAAAUACAAAGCGAUUUUAACACUAAAAUAAACAUUAUUUUCAAAAAUCUGAAUCAUGUUUAUUCCACGUAUUUCGGCGGAAAAUUAUAUAACUAGUGAAUAAUAUCGACAUUGACGAGGGCAAGUUACGCUUAAAUAGUAAAAAAAGUUUACAUAUCUAGAAAUAUCAAAACUCGAACACAUGUCAUUUCAUCGCCAUGGGGGAGGCCAUUUUUAAAUCAAUAAAAUAGAAAGAAACAUGCUAAAAACUCACUCAUCGCCUAAUUGACAUUCCAAACGGUUGACGAUGACAAAUGCAUUGGAUUGUAAUCUUUCCGUUGAUGUUUGCAAACUGCACGAUCAGACCUCAUAAACACUCAAAAGAAUAACUAUGUAAGAAGCAUUUCACCAAUGUUUACAAUCGUUGUCGAAUCACACGACAUAUAUUAUUGCGCAUAAAAUAGUACGCUUACAGACUGAUAGAAAGAUCGAUACGUAAAUCUGUUCAAUUCAUCACGGUAUACUAUUCUAUAGAUAAUAUAUAAUAAUACAUCGCUUUAACAAUCUAGAAGUAUAAAUAAUUCUUUUAAACGGAGUUUUUAAUAACGAAAGUGAAAACAACGGAAGUUGGAUGGAUAGUCUGUGAGAUGCACUUCGGCUCCAGAAAAACAAUACAAAUAAACUAAAAAAGACGUGUGGGGGACAAUUUUCAGCUGGAUAAUAUUUGUAAUAAGCACUUCAAAUAUGGCUGGCGCAUUGGAAGAAACGGAACAUCUAGACGGAACUGUGCAGGUUGUGGUGAAUACUGGCAUAAAGUCAACCCUUGCUCAACCCUUGGAAACUCCAAAUUUAUUCGAAAGCAACAAUAUUGGCAACAACUGGAACCAAUCCAAUACUAUGCAGCGUCCUGGUGUCCUGUGUUCCUACACCUUGGCUAGGCUUUCAAAUCUGAUGUUCAAUGAGAAUAAAGCCAUUCUGUGCUUGAGUAUGGGGAAGAUCCAGAAAGCGUUGAGGCAGGCUUGUGAGAGUUUUAAAAUCCUGGACAACCAAUGGACCCAGUUUAAGGGGCUCAUCCACAGAGUCAUGGGGAAGCCUUUCUUGCCAACGAGGCCUCUUGCACAAAAGGAGGAGACUGUGACAGAAGAGCCAGCAUCGGACCCUGAGCCACAACACAAUAAAAGGAAAUCCAGAUCCACAAAGAACUGGACAGGAAUAUCCGCAGAAAGAGCAAGAGUAACAGAUGCAACUGCCAGAAGAUCAAAUGAAAAUGAGAAUCAUUGUCAUAAACACAACAUCAAACUUCCAUUGAAUGUCUGUAAGACUGUGUUUGUUGCUUUGGUGUUGUUAUUAAGAAUGUCAUCUGUCCAAGCUUGCUCACCUAUGCAAAGUCCUCAGUCUGCCACAGUAGGACGCAGUCACACAUGUUUUCAGAUUUCUCAACACAAAGAUUACAAUGUUAAUGAUGGCAAUGUAACAAUUGGUGGGUGUAGCACUCUUGUUGGACCUGGCAGUGGAAUGGUGGAACCAGACCACACAAACAAUUAUGUUGUUAGCUUCAAUGGUUCGCAUUGCUGUGUUACCCUGAACAAUUGGCCUUGUGGGAGGGACAAGAACAUUUCUUUCACAAGUACGGGUGGGACAGAUUGUAUCUAUGACAUUCUGAAAGGCCUGCCUUGCUCACCCAAUUGGAUUGAUAACAAUUCUUGUUCACGCUAUGUGAUUAUUGUCAUCACAUUGGCUGUAAUCUUAAUAAUUAUAAUAGGGAUUAUAAUAGUUCUAUUAAUAAGAUUUCGCAAGAGAGUAGGAAAGUGGAUUCGCUGGCGUUUUGGCACUAACAGGGGAACUUAUGACAUGACAGAUCAAAAUGAAACAAGUUAGUAGAGCCAUUCUGCAUUAAGCUCAAACAUAGAUGACAAGGGAGCCCUCCAUGAUACCAUCUAAGACUACCAUAGUUAGGAUUCCAUUUGGGGCCAGUCAUUUCAAGGUAACUGUUGCUUAAAAAAUAUUAUAAAAAUAUUUCGCUCAAUAACGUAUGUGUUCUGAAAUUUUGUGUGUAGGUUGCAUCAAGACCUAGCUUUGGACUUCACUAUUAUUUAUAAAAAAUAAAUAAAGAAGUAAACUUUUUACAUUAUGAAGGCAUAAAAAAGGAUCUUUCAACGUACAUGGCCUCAUUGAAAAAUAUAUAAUUGAAACAGUAUUAAGUAAAUGCAUACCCCACUUUGGCAACCAAUAUAAAACUAAUAAUUCUGAUUUCAUGCAAUAAGUUAUUAUACAAUAUGUUAAAUUAGAACUCUGAAAUUCCAACAAGCCAAAGAAAAUUGAAUGAAUACUUGGUCAAUGAUGCCAUACAAUCGAAAAAAGUUGAUGGACAAAUGUUUAAACACACAAAUAAUACAUAUAUUCAAUAGUUACAAACUAGGAUUAUCAACAGAAUAUUGGUAACAAACCCAUCCCUUUUUUAAAUGAGCUUGUUGGAAUGUAAUACAUACUUCUUUUGCAAAAUAUCAGAAAAAUCUGUUUACCAUUUAUUCUGGGAUUGUAACGCUGUACACAUACUCAUUAAAGAUAUCUCUGAGAGCUUACAAAAUGCACAAUUAGUUAUAGUAAUAAACUGAAAAAUGUUACUUUUUUUCUAUACAAAUGUCAACAGCUUUAUUCUUUUAAUGGAAGUUUAAAGUGCUUUAUUUGAAUGCAAAAAGAAAGAAGUUAUCCAAAAUUGUCAGGGAUUAAAGGCUUACCUAUUUUUUUUGCUUUAAAUAUGUAUUCAAAUACAAUGAGUGAAUGAAAUGAGUGAAUUUUUUUGACAGUCAUAAGACUACUUUGUUAUUCAUAAUUACGUUUAUAAAACAUUAGUGUUGUUUUUAACAUAGCAAUUCUCUUAUUCUCAGUCACUAUAAGUGCUGUUAACCUAGCAACUGUCAUUAUUUUAUGAAACUUGCAACAUGUGUUUUACAUGGUGAAUUGUUUUGUAAUUCGAUUCAAAAUAAAAUUAUUUUGUUGUAAAUAUAUGAAUGAACUCUUGCGUAAAAUCAAAUUUUGUCCAUAUUGUCCAUUAUUUUUGCAACUAUCAAAUAUUACAUUUAAAAAAAAUAAGUUACAGCUUUUUUGUAGCUAUGCAGUAUACCGGUAUAUUAUAAAUUUGUUUACUAAAUACAGAAAAUGAAUGUAUUUUUUUAAACUAUCUCUUUUAUAUAUUUUUUUAAUGUAUUGCUUAUAAAAUACAAUUUAAAAAGUAAAUAAUUGAAUUCCUGGUUUUAUGGAAUGGUUGUGUUUCAAUCAAUUUUAAAAUAACUUACUACUGAAGGUCACUCUUAAGCGUCGAAGGUCAAAUACAGCAGCGUUUAAUGUCUGUAAUUAUUAUGUUCUUCAUUUCAUCUAUCACUUUUAAAAAUAACAUUUUGCAUUGAAGAACUGUCUCCCUAGAUCAAAUUUCCUGGUCAUACUUAAUUGUCAAUAGACAUUUCAUUCAUGUUACAGAUUGUCCCAAGUGUAACUUCAUCAGUUAACAGAAAUUUUAAGUAAUAUGCCACACAUGUUCACCAUUUGGAAAAGAUGUGUUGCUUGCAAGGCUUGUGUCCUUUGUCAAAGAUCCAACUGGUACUGACAGGUUUAGCUAAAAAAAGUCAGUACUAGGUUAGCAAACGAAAUUAAAGAAAAAGCUUGUGAACACAUGUGCAACAUUUAUUGCCCCAUUCUCAAUGAAAUUUUAUAAGAAAAUGUGUACCAAUGGUACACAUGGUUUUAUUAACUAGGUCACUUUGUCAAAUUAAAGAAAACACAUGUGAACACUCAAGGCAGUAAAGAAAAAGCAUAUGAACACUCAAGAUAGCACAUUUAUUUUUCAAACAUCAUAAAGCUUGUUUCUAUAUCUGUCCAAUAAUAUCUCUGCCAAGUUCAAACAGGGUCAAAUAGGGGUCAAAAACACUUCGUCACAAGGCGAAAUGAAUGAAGUCACAUUUUUAAGAUAUGGUUCCAGUCAAUUGAAAAAUAUGGCGGCAUGAGACUGUGCAGAUUUCCUUACAUGUAUGUAGCUAUAGUGACACCAUUCAAAUACUGUACAAGUCAUAGUUUUCACCUACUCAUGGAACAUGCUAAUGACAUCGAACAAUUGUGUUGUUAUUAUGUCUGGGAUAAGUUGUGUUUUUUCAUACACAUAGUAAAAGCAUUUCUUUUCAAUAAAAAGUAUAAUAUGCUAAUCCAAAUCCUAGGGACCCUCAUCAAAUGCCAUGAUUUCAUAUUAUAGAUUUACAAGAUAAGUAUUGAUGCAAAGCAUCAAAGGGCGUAGGGAAUUUCAGCGUAAAAGGCACUCAAUGAAGUUACAUGGAACGAUUUUGUUCUACUGUAAUUAUAAAUAUAUUGGCCGAUUAUUUUAAACAAAAUAGAAAAAGAUACUGGUAUAACCAUUAUCUAUGAUUUGGUGUUAUAACCCCCAAAAAACCAUUAUUUAUGAUGUUUUGUUAUAACCCCAAAUAAUCAUUAUCUAUGAUUUUGUGUUGUAACAUCCAAACAGUUCAUAGUUCAUUUUAUUUACAUUAGUGCUAUUGAUUGCACUAGAGGCUACAUUUUUCAUUCAGUCUUGAUGAAACUUUCUCAGAAGGUUUAUUUUAAAAAUACCAUGGUAGAGAAUGAAUCUGGGCUCACGCACAUAAAAAACUAGGUCACUAUUUGAAGAUUAGACUUAAAAACUAGAUCACCAUAUCAAGUCUUCGAAAAUUGGUGUCCGUUAACGCGGAUGAGCGCUUGAAGGCUUUCAUGCCCCUCUUGUUAUCCCUCGCCAUAGGGGGAGGGAUAUUGUUUUGGCGUUGUCCGUCCAUCCAUCAUUCCGUCCUUCCAUCCGUCUGUCCGUUCGGCACUUUUGUGUCCGGAGCCAUAUCUUGGAAGUGCUUUGGCGGAUUUCAUUGAAACUUGGUAGGAGUAUAUAUAUGGAUAAGAGGAUGAUGAACGCCAAAUGGCAUUGUACACCAUCUGUUAAUAACAGAGUAAUGGCCCUUUUUAUCUUGAAAAAAUGCUUUUUUAAGUGUCAAAUAUACACUUUUGUGUCCAGAAGCAUAUUGGCGGGGAAUAUCAAUUCAAUGAAUUUGCUUAUUUAGGCAUAAAGUUAGGCUUAUAUGAUAAGACAAAAAUCAAAUGGCUGUAAAUAUGCAGAACAGUAUGUUGUAUGUAAUAAAAAAUAUUUUUCCUCUGUUCAUAGGUUAAGGUUUCCCUGGUUUUAAAUCAUGAGGAAUGGAAAUCUUGACAACGCUAGAUGAAUUGCCUACAUAAAACUAGUUAACACAUGUAAAAGGGAGGGGUUUAAACAUAAAUUACCAAAGCACCAAUUAAAUAAAUGAGCAAAUUAAUAUCACAUAUGCUAGUAUCCACCUUCAAACAGACAUGUUAAUGUUUUCUUCGCCUUAAAUAAGCUCUCCAUGACAGAAUUUGUUAAAGAUAUCUAAUUAUCCCCUGCCAUAGGUGGAGGGAUAUUGUUUUUGGCGUUUUCCGUCUGUCUUUCCGUCCGUCCGUCCAUCUGGCACUUUUGUGUCCGGAGCCAUAUCUUGAAUGUGCUUUGGCGGAUUUCAUUGAAACUUGGUAUGAGUAUAUAUAUAUGGUGAAGAGGAUGAUGCACGCCAAAUGGCAUUGUACACCAUCUGUUAAUAAUGGAGUUAUGGCCCUUUGUAUCUUGAAAAAAUGCUUUUUUGAGUGUCAAAUAUAACACUUUUGUGUCCAGAAGCAUAUUGGCGGGGGAUAUCAAUUCAACGAAUUUGCUUGUUGCUUGCUGUUUUCUACAGACAAUAAUAAAUUUUGUAUAUAUAUUUUGUUUCAUGCAUAAAAUUGUACAUGUUGACCUUUGAACAUUCUAUUUAUUACGACUUGUUCCAAAGUAUAAAAAUAUCUGCGUGUACUUGAAUAUUUGAAUAAACUUUAACAGUUUAUGAAUUUUGCAAACAAUGAAAUAGUAUAAUAAAAAAAAUGUUUUAAACAUUUUUAUUUGCAUUUUAUACACAUGUACAAAGUCUUUUUUGGAAUGUACACUGUGCUGAAUUAUAAUAGCUUUUAUUCUUUAAGAAUGUUUACAAUUAUUUUAACACACUUAUUAUUUAUUUACAUUAAAGUUUUACAAAAUAAUAAUAAAUGGAACAGAAUAACUUAAUUAAGUUCAGUUACUGUUGCAAAUGUUUAUGUUCAUGAUGUAAGUUAUAUGUUUAUGCCCCCUUUCGAAGAAAAGGGGGUAUAUAGUUUUCUCACUGUCCGUCAGUCUGUCAUUCAGUCUGUCAGUCUGUCACACUUUUCGUGUCCACUCUCUAAUUCAAAUAGUUUUCAUCCGAUCUUUACCAAACUUGGUCAGAAGUUGUAUCUAGACAAUAUCUAGGUCAAGUUUGAAUUAGGGUCAUGUCGGGUCAAAAACUAGGUCACAGGGUCACUUAGUGCAUUUCAAGGAUUUAGCAUGGUGUCCGCUCUCUAAUUGAAGUAGUUUUCAUCUGAUCUUUACCAAACUUAGUCAGAAGUUGUAUCAAGACAAUAUCUAGGUCAAGUUUGAAUUUGGGUCAUGCCGAGUCAAAAACUAGGUCACAGGGUCACUAAGUGCAUUUCAAGGAUUUAGUAUGGUGUCCGCUCUCUAGUUGAAGUAAUUUUCAUCCGACCUUCACCAAAUUUGGUCAGAAGUUGUAUCUAGACAAUAUCUUGGUCAAGUUCGAAUAUGGGUCAUGCUGGGUCAAAAACUAGGUCACGGGGUCACUUAAUGCAUUUCAAUAACUUCUAUCAAAGCGUUUAUUGUUUGUUUGUUUGUAUUUUUAUGGUGUAUUUGUAAUUUGUAUGUGAUUUUAUAUGUUUCUUUCUGGGUGUGAGUCCAUUAUCAGAUUAAGGGUACAACAUCUUGCCCAUAAUUAAUUUGUGUUUUAUUGUUAUAUGCUUUUGCUACUGAAUCAAAUAGGUACUUGGAUUUUAUAAUCUAUGGCAAAGCAUAGGACUUACUAUCCCUUACUCUCAUAGUAUAGGUCCUCCUCAUAGUAUCGUGCCUUUAACGAAAAACUUCAAAGGACACAUGACUUGUUUAUUUAUGUAUAACAAAGUGUUCUUUUUCUAAGUUCUUGCCUUCCAUCUGGUAAAGUCCUCAAAAAGUGGUGUCCAAUAACUCAAAUAAGCGCUUUAGUUCCAUCAUAUCUCUCUUGUUUACAAUUGUUCAAAUUGCUGCUUCUGUUUGUCAUGUAUUUCUUUAUUAAACUAUAGUCUAUACUGAAACAUUGAACAAUUGCUUGCACCUGUUCUGUUGCUUCUAUUGGUCAUGUUAUGAAGUAUUUAACAUAAGUGUUACUAUACUGAAACAUGUGUACAAUUGGUUGCACCUGUUGCUUCUAUUGGUCAUGUUAUGAAGUAUUUAACAUAGUGUAACUAUACUGAAUUAUUUUGAAUGAUUGCAUUCAACUGCUGAUUCUAUUAGACAUGUUAUACUGUAUUUACUAUUUUGUACAAUUUCUUUUUUUUCUUAUUCUUAUUUUCAUAUUUUAGAAGUAAUAAAGUCUUUAAAUGAU